AUGCCUCUGAACAGCAGCGCCACGGUGUACGGGGGGGCCGGGGGCCGGGGGGCCAGGGCCUCCGUGUCCAGUCUGGAGGGUCUGCGCAGCAUCCUGCGCAACGACCCGGACCCGGCUCCGGCUCCCCAGAAACCCGCUCCGGGACCUCAGGACGAGCCCAGGUCCGAGGCGGAGCCCGGAGACCAGAAGCUCCUGCGGGGUCUGAACACGCGCCUGUCCAGCUUCCUGCAGAAGGUGCAGCAGCUGCAGGAGGACAACGGAGCCCUGCAGCAGGACAUCGAGCACGUCCUGUCCAAGAGGAGAAGCCCUGAGGGACGCCGCUGGGAGGAGCUGCAGGAGCCCCUGAAGGAGAAGGAGAAGCAGGUGAAGGAGCUGACCCUGGACAACGCCAGGCAGCUGCUGCAGAUGGACAACACCAGACUGGCCAAAGACGACUUCAAGAACAAGCUGGACGAGGAGACGAGAGCCAGGAAGGAGAUGGAGAAAGACCUGGACAAGCUGAAGAACGUCAUCGAUGAAAUCAAGCUGGAGAAGGACCGGGUGCAGAUGGAGACGCAGCUGGUGAAGAACGAGCUGCAGCAGCUCCAGGAGGAGCACCAGAAGGAGGUGGACGAGCUGCUACAGAAGAUCAAGGAGUCUGAGGUGAAGGUGGAGAUGGACACGUCCAGCUCCAACCUGGGGGACAUCAUCAACAGCAUCCGGGCCCACUACCAGAAACUGUCCGAGAAGAACCUGCAGGAGACGGAGGACUGGUACAAGAACAAGUUUGAGAACAUGGAGGUGGAGGAGGCCCAGAACAACGAGGCUCUGGACUCUGGAAACUCUGAACUGAAGGAGCUGCAGAAGCAGAAGAAGAUGCUGGAAGUGGAGAUCAGGAACCAGUGGAGAACUAUCAACACCCUGGAGGACACGCUGAGCAGAACCAACUGGGAGUCCAACCAGCGUCUGGGCCCGCUCUACCGGGCCAUCACCAAGCUGGAGGCCAACCUGAGGGACGUGAGGGUCCAGCUGGAGAACCAGAAGGAGCUCAACGAGGAGCUGCUGACCGUCAAGAUGAAGCUGGAGAAAGAGAUCGAGACCUACAGGAAGCUGAUCGGAGCCAUCACUGCUGAGGAGGAGAGCGCGCGGUUCGACAUCGAGGACGCUCUGCAGGACGCUCAGCCGAACGUUGAGCUGCAAGACGCCGAGGAGGAGCUGAAGGAAGAAUGAGCUGCCGUCAGCUGCUCCUGUCCCAUUGAAGACCCUGAAGACCCCGAAGUGGAGGAGGUGGUGGUGUGUUCAGGGGACCACGAGUGAAGCAGCCGUCAGGAGAACAACACAUCUUCCUCUUCUUCCUCU